AUGUGCCACAAAGCGUCGUGCAGUACUUGCAACAAAGCUACAUGGUUUGGCUGCGGCCAACAUGUGCCCAAGGUCAUGGACCGCAUCCCUAAGGAGGAAUGGUGCACGUGCGAGCCGCGAGUGGACAAAAACGGCCAGCAGUAUCCUCCUCCCGGUUCGGCGCUCUCGGCGUGUGUGGUAUGCUGA